AUGGCACAACCCGGACUAAGGACGACAUCGUCCAGAACUCGCCUAGGACGUACUGGUGGCAUGCCUUCCUCAAGAAGCGGCGAUAGAUUGCACAUCAACAACAAUAAUGAAAAUGCUACACAAUCUGCUGUCAAUCCAAAUUUAUUGCGCAAUAAAGCAUCAAGAACUGCAAUGUCCUCAACCGCAAGCUCAUCGUUUGGCAAAGCGGCCGGAAAUGCUGCUAUGGAUCAACAAGCAAGAAGAAGACCUGCUUUGGGCGAUAAGACCAAUACACAGAACAACAAUGCAGGAUCUGCUCCUUCGGAAAAGAUUGGAGGAGGAAACGAUCACACUUUGAAGCACAAGGUUCCUGCAUCUGCCACCAUUGCACGUCCUGCUGCUAAACCAAGAGCACAGUCAACAGUUUCAGAAGCAUCAAGCAGCAAGUUGAACGUCGCACAAUCCUCUGAAGCCACCUUGACAACGAGUAGAAGCUAUGCUGGAGGACGUCAUUUGCGAGGCGUUUCUUCCUCUUCAGGUACCACACUUGCCCGCGAUACGCAAAUGGGUGAAGAAGGAGCGAGUGCACCAUCGUCUCAGAGAUCUUCCAUGGUCAGCUCUUCCAGCUCAAACACACUUGCACCAAGAGCAGGAUCGCAGGCUUCUGUCUCUCACCGAACACAAUUGGAACAGCAAUCAAAUGCAAGGAAUCUUCUUGGCGUUCGUGGACCCAGUCCGUCUGCCAGUAGCGUUGAUGAGGACAUGAGUGAAGCCGAAUCUGAAUGGCAUUCAAGCAGCAUGGGAGCAAGAACUAACAACAACAGCAGCAAGACAGACACAGAUGAAGAAUUCGCUGUAAGAAAGGAAGCAGGAAGCGCUUUGGCUUCGUCUGAUGAAGAAGAUGCAGCCCUUCUCCACGGUGAAGAUGGCGUGGAAGAUGAAGAGUUGGAGGAUGAAUACGACGAAGAGGACGAAGAAGACGGAUCGGAAUCAGAAUCUGUUCAAUUGAACAAUCUUGAUCCAGAUUGUUUGAUCUCUUUGCCAUUCGAGAUUGACGAACUGGCAAGAAGCAAAGUAGAACGCAUUUGCGCAAUGUAUGAAGAGACAGUCCUGCACGAUGCUGCUAUUCGUCAAGCUGAAGAAAGACAAGGAGCUGUCGCACGUGGUGAAAUGUCAGCACACACGGCUGCACAUGAAGAUGAGUUGGCCAUCAUGGGAUUAGAUCCAGAAGAGGUUCGCGAUACAAGCAUGGUUGCCGAAUAUUCUGCAGACAUCUUUGCUUAUAUGGCAAAGUGCGAAUGCCGUACGAUGGCCAAUCCCAACUACAUGGACUUCCAAGGCGAGAUCAGAUGGCAUAUGCGAGCAACAUUGGUGGACUGGUUAAUGCAAGUUCACAUGCGUUAUCACAUGAUGCCUGAAACAUUGUGGAUCGCAAUGAACGUUGUUGAUAGAUUCUUGUCCGCUCGUGUCGUCUCCUUGGCCAAAUUGCAGCUUGUUGGUGUCACGGCCAUGUUUAUCGCAGCAAAGUACGAAGAAAUUCUUGCUCCAAGCGUGGACGAAUUCGUCUUUAUGACCGAAAAUGGCUAUACCAGAGAUGAGAUCUUGAAAGGAGAACGCAUCAUUCUCACCACUUUGGAUUUCAAUAUCUCUUCAUACUGCUCGCCAUACUCUUGGUGCAGACGUCUUUCAAAAGCAGACGAUUACGAUAUCCAAACACGUACGUUGGCCAAAUUUUUCAUGGAAUUGACAUUGUUCGAUCAUCGGUUCUUGCGAGCAAAGCCAAGUUUGAUCGCUGCCAUUGCCAUGUAUCUCGCACGCAAGAUGCUCGGAGGAACAUGGAAUGAAGCCUUUGUCUACUACAGUCGUACAGUAGAAGAACAAUUAAUUCCUGGUGCCAAUCUCUUAAUCGAACGUUUACUCGACGAAAGUUUCCCCGACUGCUUCGUUUGCCAAAAGUACGGAAACAGGCGAUACUUGAAAGCCAGUAUCUUUGCUCGUGAUUGGGCAGUACGUAAUCAAGAAACCAUGUUGGUCGCCAGUGCAUCCAAUGCCAGCAACAUCAGCGCUUUAAGCGGUCAAAGUAUUGCCGCAGAAGAUCCUCAACACAAUAUCAUCUCAGCAUCCGCAUCUGCAUCUAUCAUCAAUUCUGACCGUCAAUUGCAACAUCAUUUUGCCGAACAAGCCGUCAUUGCACCAUCGUCCACUGCCGCUGUGUACUAA